UUAUUUAUUUUUAUUUUAGUUUUUUUAAAUAAAUAUUUUUUUUAUUUUGGAAACACUGAAUUGGUUUUCGGAACAAUCUGGGCUUUAAAUUUCACGCUAUGGUGUUCGAGCCAUUAGUUGACGUGGGUUCAGCGCAGGCAGGAAAAAUGGGGGCAAAUAAAAGCAAGAAUAAAAACAAGAAGAAGGGAAAGUCGGAUGAAAAUACAAAGAAAGAAGCAACGACAGCGGAACUGGCACAUUUAGAUGAAGAUCGUAAAGAUAUUCAGGAAGAUGAAAUAGAAGAGAAAAUUGAAGAAAAUGGAAGUUCAAUUAUCGGUGAAAAGAAAAUGAAUAAAAAGAGAAAGUUUAAGAAAAGAAAGAACAACAAAGAUCUUGAAAGGGAAAUUGUGUUUUCGAAUCGAACCAUCAGCAAUCUAUCACGAGCUCUUGCAUCUAACGAGUGGCUCAAACUUGCUUAUGCUUUGGGCUUUCUACCACAGGGUAUUGCGCACUUUACUGGGAGGGCAAGCUCGGCACAGAACUCGUACAGUCAGUGUAGUUUAAUGUUAAAGACAUGGAGGGGUCUAACGUCACACGAGGAGAUUCUGCCUCGACUCUGCGACGCCCUUCAACGGAUAAGGAGACACGACUUGGCUUUAAAAGUUGGUCUUGAGUUGGCUAUUAAAGCUUCACCAGAUAAAACCAAUCAAAAAGACCCCACAUUACUUCCCGAGUUGUUGAAACUAAUAUCAGAAAACAGCGAUGUUAUAGCGCCACCUUACGAGUCGAGCAAGAUGACAUUAUCCGACUCAAAAAUAAGUUUCCUGGCUCGACAAAUAUUAGCAAGAGAAGAAUGGAAACGACUGGCUUACGCGUUAGGAUUUAUACCAGAAGAGGCCUCACAAAUUAUCGCAUCCGCAAGCAGUUCACAAAACCUUUACACACAAGCACACAUGAUGCUCACUAGGUGGCGUGAUCGCACAGCCCCUGAAAAAAUCACGGGGUGUCUGAAAGCAGCGUUCAUUAGAAUUCGAAGACACGAUCUGGUGUUCUUGCUCGAUAUUGGCGCAAUAACCGCCCCUGCAAACCAGAAUGGGGAUUCACUUGAAGAUAAAAUAAGAAAGUUGAAAGAUCAAAUAGACAGAGAACCGAGUAAUAGCCUCGGUUCGCAAAUCGUUGCAAAGUUCAAAGAUCUUCAAUUCUAAUAAAGUUAAAACGUGUUGUAGUUGUAUCAUAAAUCCGCGUGUUUGUGCAUUUACAAAUCGGACAAAUUGAAAUUAAUAGUUUACAAUUUACAUGAUGCAUAAAGUGGUUAUAGUGCGGGUAAGUUCGAAAAGGAUGAAUGAAACUUAUUUAUCUUUGCGUGACGUGGCAACGACAGUCGUUAUAACACGGAUUUAAUUGUGUUUUGUAUUUAAUAAAAUGUAUUAAAAGAAUUACAACCAACCUUU